UGUCUCGCUCUCUUUGUUUACCUGUUCAGACACAAACAAACAAACAACUAAAAUCACGCGGGACUUCGCGCUUCACUUUGGACAUCAUGGAUUUUCUGGACUCGGGACAAAAGUUCAGUCCGAGGCAGGACAGUGAGUGGGACACGACGCUGCAGUUUCUUCCGGCUCCUGACACCAAACAGCUGGAGAAGAACUCUGGCCGCAGGAAGAAGCUGGUUCUGGGUCUGGGUCUGGUUCUGGCCGCUGCAGCUCUGGCUCUGAUCACUGGUCUGCUCGUGUGGCACUUUCACUUGCGCAGCGACGUCCGAGUGAAGAAAGUUUACAUCGGCGCCAUGGGAAUCGACGAGCGGCGUUUCCUGCCGGAGUACGAAGAUCCCGACAGUCCACAGUUCACCGAGCUGUCUGCUCUGGUUCUACGGCAGCUGAAGCUGAUUUACUCUAAAGAUUCUGUGUUGGCCAAGUACUUCACGGGCUCCACGGUGCAGGCGUUCAGUGAAGCAGACGGCGGCGGUGACGGCCUCGUGGCUUAUUACCAGUCAGAGUUCGAGGUUCCUGUGACUCAGCAGAAUUCUCUGGACGGAGCCAUAGAGUCGCUGGAUCCUCCGGCAGCAACAGGAAGUCGACAGGGACGACUUCUGCUGAAACCCGCGGACGCUCUGAGUGUGAGGAGCGUCGUCUCGCGAGCUAUAGAUCCACGAAUGACGAGGAAAUCCUUAUUUGUGAAAAAGUCCUUUGACGUCCACGUCAGAGACGCGGGAGUCCUCCGCUCUCCGGGUUUUCCAGACUCCUCUUAUCCACCAAACGUCUACCUUCAGUGGAGACUCCGGGCCGAUCCGGGUCACAGGAUCAAGCUGGACUUCCACACUCUGAUCCUGGAGGACGACUGUGAGCAGGACUUCAUCAAACUCUACGACUCUCUGGCUGCAAUAGAACAGCGCGCUCUCACCGAACAGUGUGGCUACCCUCACAACUCCCUGUCCUUUCUGUCCUCUGGAAACGUCAUGUUGUUGACUCUCGUCACCAGUGAAGAGAGGAACUUUCCAGGAUUCAGAGCAAACUACUCACAACUGGCUGUGAGCGAACAAAAGUGUGGAGGGACACUGAGAGAGGACAAAGGAUCUGUCUCUUCUCCGUUCUUUCCCUCUAACUAUCCUCCUCGAACCACGUGUGUGUGGGACAUCCAGGUCCCAGAAGACAAGUUCAUAAAGGUUCAGUUCAACAAGUUUCAGCUGGGAAAUCACAGUGUCCCGUGUCCUGAGGAUUAUGUCGACAUUGACAAUCAAAGAUUGUGUGGAAGCAAGUUAAAAAACACGGUCAUCACCAGCAGAAGCAACAAGAUGACCAUUAAGUUUAACUCGGACUCGUCUUACGUGGACCAGGGUUUCACCGCCGAGUACGAAGCCUUCGUCCCCAACAACCCUUGUCCCGGAAACUUCCAGUGCAGCAACAACCUGUGCAUCAACACCACUCUGAGAUGUGACGGCUGGAACGACUGCGGAGACGACAGCGAUGAAGACGGCUGCAAGUGCGAUGCGUCUCAGAUGAAGUGUAAAAAUGGACGCUGUAAACCAAAGUUGUGGGAGUGUGACGGGUCCGACGACUGUGGAGACAACACGGACGAGGAAGACUGUGAAAAGUGUAAACCAGGAGAGUUUUCUUGCAGAAACAGGAAGUGCAUCCCAGAGAAGCUCAGGUGUAACGGGAAAGACGACUGUUCUGACGGAUCCGACGAGUCCAAGUGUGAAAAAUCUCUGGUUCUGCAGACGUGUUCUGAAUUCAACUUCCGCUGCACAAACGGACACUGCAUCAGUAAACUCAACCCAGAGUGUGACGACGAGCAAGACUGUGAUGACGGAUCUGACGAGGCCCACUGUGAGUGUGGGUCCAGGCCGUACCGGAGCUCGCGUAUUGUGGGCGGGCAGACAUCGCGGGAGGGGGAGUGGCCGUGGCAGGUCAGCCUCCACAUCAAAGGCACGGGUCACGUGUGUGGAGCGUCGGUGUUGAGUCGCCGCUGGCUGCUGACGGCCGCUCACUGCGUCCAAGACAACGGGCCAAACAAGUACUCUCAGGCCGGCCAAUGGGAGGCCAUGCUGGGUCUACAUGUGCAAAGUCUGACCAAUGAGUGGACGGUGAAGAGGAACAUUAAGCGAAUCAUUGCCCACGACGACUACAACCCUCUGAGAUACAACAACGACAUCGCUCUGAUGGAGCUGGACCAGGAAGUGUCGCUGAACCAGAACAUCUGGCCCAUCUGUCUGCCGUCACCUGCCCACGACUUCCCUGCAGGUCAGGAGGCGUGGGUGACCGGCUGGGGCGCCACGCGAGAGGGAGGCUCCACGGCCUCUGUCCUGCAGAAAGCUGAGGUUCGAAUCAUCAACAGCACAGUUUGUAAGAAACUGAUGGACGACGACGUCAGCGACAACAUGAUCUGUGCUGGAGUUCUGAAAGGGGGCGUGGACGCCUGUCAGGGUGACUCUGGUGGUCCACUGUCAGUCACCGCCCUCAGUGGGCGUGUCUUCAUAGCUGGUGUGGUGAGCUGGGGCGACGGAUGCGCUCGCAGGAACAAACCUGGUAUUUACACUCAGAUUAUCAAAUACCGCAGGUGGAUAAAGGAGAUGAGUGAUGUGUAACUGAUGAUCAAUCUGGUGGUGUUGACUUUCAAGACUAAAAAAAUUCACAGCACAGACAAAAACUUUUGCUGUUUCUGCAUAUAUAUAUAUAUAUAUAUAUAUAUAUAUAUAUAU